AACCAAGCUUAUUGGAURAGAGUAGUUGUGUUUAUUCAUGUCACUCUCGAAUGAACUUUAUAAUCACAUCUCAGUAGGUUCAGAAUGUUCAUCGAAGCUAAUAUCAAUCAAUCAAGUUUGUUUACGAUCAUGAAACGGCAUACACAUUUACCUUUGAUGAUCUGUUAAUCUUUAAUGAAGUUAACUUGAUGUUCCCAGUCCAUUGUCCGAGUGGUUAAUAAAUCAUCCGACGAGGUGCUGGAAGUUUAUUCUUKUGCUGGAGGAGSAAAACAUCACAUGAGCUAAAUGUCAGAGAAAUGAUCUCUUUAGCUUUGAUGCAAACCUCCGUUCUACUUGUAUUGGUCUUUGUUGUCAUGCUGGUCGCUGUACAAAGCAUUCCUCUUCAUCAACUCCACACCGCCAUAGCGACAGAUACUGACGACUUGCUGAGACUCUUUGAAACCAAUUCUGCAGAUUCAGUACCCGAGUAUGAAGUAAUACCAAUUAUUGCUGGACAUCGAYCACGGCGUGACGUCGCUAAACCUAAACACCAUUUCACCUUCUCUUCAUUUGGAAGACACUUUCAUUUAGAGCUUGAACCCAACGAUGAUGUAAUAUCUAAAAGUUUGGUUGUAACUAUUAAGAAACCUGGUAAUAUUUGGACAAAAAAACUUUAUGAGCCAAUGGGAACAUUUUAUCAAGGUCACGUGGCUUCCGAUCCAAAGUCUCAUGUAGCCGUGCGAGAGGUUCAAAAGUCGGGGGAACUGACUGGUGCAGUUCUAAGCGGGAAUUACGUGUACAGACUGCAUCCUCUUACUGAUAAUGUCAAAAAGAAAUUAUCGCUAAACAGCCAUCAGGGCUAUCACGUGAUCACGAAAAAGAAGUUAAAACAUACAGCAAUCCCAGGAUUCUUUCCCGAGCCAGUGCCAGGUCCUGGUAAAAUCACACACGAAAGGAAUCGAGCACGCAGAAGUGUUGGUCCAAAAUACAUCGAGGCCAUGAUAUUGCUUGACAAGGUGUCCAGUGAUCACUAUGGUAAAACAAGCAUGGACUUCAUACUUGCAGUUGCAAACAUGGUUCACCGUCUAUAUCGUGACCCGUCAAUUGGUAUUGAUGUUUCCUGGGUACUUACUAAAGUAUUCAUCAUACAAACAUACGAGGAGGGUCUGGAUUUCAACAAACAAAACAUCAAGUCAGCUGUCCAAUAUCUCAAGGUCUUCUCUGAUUGGGCUGCACCUAGAAACCCUGAUGUUGGUACUCCCGGUCACUAUGACAACGGUGUGUUGUUGUCAAGGAGAAUAUGUGGUCUUGAAAGCUGUUCUCUCGGUGGCGUUGCYUAUUCUGGUGUACCGUGUUCGACCAAGGCUGGGUWUUCAAUUAAUAACGGAAAUGGUAUUGACGCUGCUUUCUAUGUCGCUCACGAAAUGGGACACAAUUUUGGUAUUCCACACGAUUCAGGAGAAUGUAAUAAGRAUUAYAUCAUGGAUCCAGGUCAAGGAAACGGACCCAAUGCGUUCAAGUGGUCUUCUUGCAGUAAACAAAUGUUCAAAUCAGUUUUCAGUCGUGUUACGUGUUAUAACGACAAGCCUCCCAAGCAAUAUGACUUUCCAACUAUGUUACCUGGGUACAAGUAUGAUGCUAAUGCUCAAUGUAAGAUGAUGCAYGGUCCUGAAUAUAAACUGUGCCCCAUAAUGCAGAGCAAUUGUGCACUUCUAUUCUGCUAUAAGAGUGGUGGCUGCAGUAGUGCUGGUACUCCGCCUGUUGAUGGCACUCCUUGCGGCAAGAGAAAGUGGUGCAUUGGCGGGAAAUGUGAAGACGUCGGUUCCAGUCUCCCACCUUCUGUGGAUGGUGCGUGGGGAGCCUGGGAAGGAGCUUACAGUAGUUGUUCGAGGUCGUGUGGAGUGGGGGUACAAUACCGAACUCGUCAAUGUAACAACCCAAAACCUCAGUUCGAUGGGAAACCCUGYCCAGGUUCUGCCAUUGGUGAUUGGAAAACGUGUAAUAAGCAGGAUUGCCCUAGUGGCAGCGACCAUUAUCGGUUAUAUCAGUGUAAAAAGAAGUCAUCAAAAUACACCAGUUAUUAUAUUAGAGGUGGUGCAGGAUGUUUUUUGGCAUGUUCUGAUGAUGGUUCAACGUUCACUAUAGAAGGCCAAGUGGCUGAUGGCACAAAAUAUAGUUCUGACCCGUUAGUACAUGAUCUUUGCAUCGCCGGAAAACUUGUGGAAACUGGUUGUGACAAUGAGAUUGAUUCUGGUGCCAUACUUGACCGUUGUAAAAAGUGUCUUGGCGAUGGCUCAACGUGUAAAGAUAAAAAAUCUACGACGUUUAUAUGGAAAACUGCUCCUUACGGGGACUGCAGCGAAUCUUGUGCUCAAGGUUUCAAGUCUCAAAAUGUGAAGUGUGUGAGGAAGGACGACGAAACUGGAGUCAGCAGAAAAUUCUGUGACUUGGGAAACAAACCGGAUAACAAAGUACCGUGUAACACACAACCAUGCAAAGCCAAGUGGGAGCCUGAGCUUUGGGGUCAAUGUUCUAAGAGAUGCGGUGGCGGUGAAAGAAAACGCCUCGUUCCUUGUACACAGAAAGUUGCUCCUGAUAUUUWCAGGAAUGUCGAGUAUUACUACUGCAACAUGACUUCUCGCCCYCAUGGAAAYGAAUCUUGUAACAAUAUUCCAUGCGGGCCGUCAUGGUCGACCGGAGAUUGGUCCAAGUGUGUUGACGGACGUUCAGAAAGAGAAAUCCAAUGUACUGACAUCAUGGCCGAUGGAAAGGUUGUACACCUCAAUGACACCAUGUGUAACGCUGUUGGAAUAGAUCUGUCACCAGAGACUGUCAAGAAUUGCACAGUAACCGCGGCCAGCAGUGAUCAUAUCACACCAUGCGCAGUAAACUAUAUUUUCCUUCUAUURAUUUGUAUUCUGUGUUYCCUUCUUUCGUGACGUAUGCAUGGCAGUCUGAUAUCACGUCGUUCAUACGUCAUCACAACAUUUARAGGUCCACUUGCACCCAGGAACCUUUGCGCAAUCGUUUGUUAGUCGGACUAGCCGAAGGCGGUCCGACUUUAAAUUUACCUUUUAGCCUAUCAAUCUAUCUAUCUAUGUAUUAUGUCGCGUUUGGA